UUAUGGUACUUAUUAGCCAAUCGGUCGUUCGUCAUCCACUUCCAAGACAUUUAGUUUUGUUUCAGUCAGCUUUUAAAUCUAUUUCAGCUUUUCAAGUUAUUGCUGAAUGAAUUGGUACUUGAUUUGGUAUUGGGAUUUGGGAAUGAGUUGAUACAGAGGUAUUGGAUUAUCGGAUGAAAGUUCUUUUUCAGAUACAUCCAUGACAAGAGCAAACAAUGAACAUUGGUAUUUUGUUUUGCACUAUAAGAGAUGCUUGGAAGCAUACAUGUUUUCAGAAUGACUCAGGCCAAUAUUUAUAGUGAAUUGUUUCCAAUUGGAUCAGAAACAGAUUUGCAUGUCUAGUAAGGAAAGAGCAAUCUGCUCCGUCAUCAUUCAAUGAUUAAGACAUUUCGAUGUUCCAAGUGGUAUAAACUGAAGUGAACCUCGCGAUCUUCGUCAGAACUGAAGAUGCAUUUCAGCCUUUGGCUAGUCGUUAUUGUCCGGCUAUGUCCGCUAGCCAAUUGCCAUCUUCAUGACAUUUUGACCAGUCUUUCUUCGGGUUCGUGUCAAAUCGUCAACUUUGAUUUGGGUAUAGAAUUGAAGACCAUUCCACAAAUUAAACUGGAUCACACCUUCGACAGCAAGGUUAUAACCAAGUUGAACUCGCCCAAAUCGUGUUGGAAUGUUCUUGUAUCUAAAGUGGAAGAUGCACAAAAGAUCAAGCAAGUACUUUCUAGAAUGAGAAGCAUCAUUUUGGUUUCAAAUGAGCAAGUCCCUUUGAGAUUGGAGUUUGAAUUGUAUCAAUAUUUCGAAAAUGGACAAUACCAGGACGACCUUGUUUUGCACUGCUCUGGAAGUAUGACAACUAAGAUCAUCCACAUGAAAGAUCUAGGCCGAGCUGGAGCCUGUCCUUUUCAUUUUCUUGGCCAAGAGAUUCAGAUCUCUUACCGAGGCUUACCCCCUUUCAUUUUGGAAGGACCACAUGGCGUUUAUGGCGUGGAUAUGGACAUAGUGCAAAUAUUGAGUGAGACCCUUGGAUUUCAUUUCAAAGUGCAGCUCGAGAAACAAUGGGGAGUCCUGUUACCAAAUGGAACCUGGAUUGGAACACUUGGUUCGGUCCAGGAGAAGAGUUCAAUGAUAGGCGUUGGUCACUUGACGAUCCAAUACGAUUAUUUUCAAGCUGUGGAUUUUAGUCAUCACUUGUACAAUCUUGACGUCCUUUUGGUGGCUCCCAAGCCCAAGCCUUUGAAAUCCUACUAUAACCUUCUGCAACCCUUUCCACCACUCGUUUGGUUGCUGGUAGUUAUUGCAUGGAUAUUCGCCACUUUGGUCUUGUGGGAAAUGAUACAAAUUCAAAGGGACAACAACCUAGCCCACAAUAUAAAAGAGCCAGCCAUGUUUACCUUCAGAACCAUGUUCAGUGAAAGCAUUUACUUCCGGGAGACAAACUUUAGUUUCAGUGACCGUUGUUUUUACCUAUUUUGGGUGUUAGGCAUCUUUUUCGUUUCAAUGAGCUAUCAAUGCAACUUGAGAGCCUCGUUAAUAUCGACAGUGUAUGAACCUGCCAUCGAUUCCGAGAAAGACCUGUUGGACCAAGGAAGAAGACUCUUUUUGCCGUCGGGACAAAGUUCCCUCUUAACAUCGCUCCGGGAAUCUCCCAAGGAAAGCCAACAAAUGCUUUACAAGCAAAUAGUCGAAAAUGAUCAGUUUUUUGAGUAUGUGAAUGGGAUGAGAAAAUUAGAAGUUGAACAAGCCAUGAUUGCCAACGGUGAUGCGUUCGUAUGGACGGAACAUUUUGCCAAAGCCGGAUUUGCUAGGAUCGAGGAAAGAUACGGAUAUCAGCCUUUUCGUCUGGGAAAAAGUGUUAUCACCAGCUUUCACGGAGCCUUUGUUUUCCCCAAAAACCAGAUGUGGGCAGAUGACGUCAAUCACAUUUUGAGUCGACUAAUGGAAGCUGGGAUCAUUGAACGGACCUUUCGGAAAUAUUUUCCGCUUCGAUAUAUUUUGAAAGAACAACCACCAGUCGAACACGUGGAACCAUUCGAUCUUUUCAACAUAAUAGGCGGAAUUCUGGUCCUGGCUACAGGAUGGGCGGUUUCCGGUUUUGGUUUUAUUUUUGAAUUCCUAUUUUGCCCUGGAUAAUAAUAGCCUGGAUAUCGGCUAUUUACAAAGGCAAUGAAGCACCUACGUGGAGUGGACACAAAUUUGUAAACAGCAGCAAUAAACUAGUUAUUAACAA